UUCCUCCUCCAGUCGUCUCGUCACGGGCGUCCCCUGGUUCUGCAGCUGCCUCCAUCGCCUGGCUCUGUCACUCACUCUGGUCGCCGUAUUCGGUCCAUCCAGAAAUGGCAUACAGAGGACGAGGACGGGGACGGGGUUAUGGAGUUUGGGGCAGCCCUUCAUUUUCCAAACCUGAGGCAUUUGUGCUUUUUCCUGAGGAUGUUGUCUUGCCUGAUGGUAAAGUGGAUGAUAUCGAUGCCAGCAUGAAAAGGUUGCUUAACUGGAAUAACAAGUUGAAGAAUUACUGGAAAGCCUCUCCUUACUUUCUGGAGGACACUAACUUAAAGAAGAGGAAAAGGUUAGACGUGGAAAGAUUUUCUGACAGGCAAAAGGCUGUGUUUACUCGUGAUUCUCUAUCACAAGUUUUAGAGUUCAAAGAUUUUCCCAAAGAGUUGAUUCAAGGUACGACACGACGUAUACCAAAGCGGAAAAGUUUCCGGUGGAACCCAGAGUCAGAUUUGAAGACGCUAGAUUUAUUUGAACAACUUGAGAAAAAGGCUCAGGGCCAGGAAGGUAAAGGUGAGAAAGAAAGAAAGAAGGGGAAGAUGAAGAUGAAGAUGAAAAUGCAGAAAUGA